GAACAGAUGUGCACUAACCAGAACCAAUCUGCCCUACAUAGUGUCAUAUAAAUGCAAUAGACAAUAGCGGAGAUACUUCUUGAUGAUGUUGAGAUCCAAAGUACUGCCUGUGGCUCGGUAUUUGUCGAACAAUGUGAAGCUGUUAUCCAUGAAGCAGGGUAAGUUAUGGAGUUCGCCAACGCACUUUACACCAUCGAGAUGCCUACAUCACGAAACACCUUGUCUGCAAAGUGCUACUACGUUCCAAAGGCAUGCCACAUCUACCACAAAUAAUGACACACCUUCUGUAGUAUCGAGGAAUACAGAUACUGUAAAUACAGAUAUUGUCAAUGAAAGGCUUGAAAGUGACCGCUCAACACGUGGACGUUCACUCCAGGAAGACGGUAAUGAAACAUUUCGCGAUAGUACUUCAUCAACUAGUUCUUCAACAACUCAAAUUUUGCAAGUAGACAGUACAAAAGUUGCUUCAAAGCGCUCGCAGGGCAAGCGUAAGACUCGCGAUGAAAGUACAGAUACAACUGUCACUAGUACAGGUGCACAGCCUUCUAAAACGGUUCGGAAACCACGUGCUCAUAACAAUGUCCAAUCACUGCGCUUAGAAAACGCUGCACUGCGAUUGGAAUUAGCGACUUUGCGAGCUAAAGGUGGUGCUGUACAAGAAUCCACUACUGCAUUAAACAACUUGACUGCAACGGAGGCAGGGGUUAGUAGUGGUGCAAAUAGUAUGAGUGUGCGUACGCCUCGUCGUGCACCAGGAGAACGCGAUACUUUUCUGCAUCAGGAUAAUAAGGAGGCAUCGGCUUCAAUUAAAAAAUCUAGCGCACAUGCGGCAAGCAACGGACAUGAACAGAAUAGGACACAAGAAAACAAUACACAGCCUGUACAGCCAUCCACAUACACCAGCGGAGAGAACAUGGUUCAGGUAUCGUCGGCAAAGCACUCCGAUACAAGCACAGGCAUGAACGCCAAAAGCAGAAAACACAAACAGGCCAAGAUGGCGAGUCGGGCGAGGAAAGCAGAGAUGAUGCAGAAAAACAACGAGAGGGAUGGGAAAUACCUACCAGCCCGAAGAAGUGAACUGUCCCAGCUACGCCAUCUAUUCUACAAGGCAAGGGAGAGCAAGAGCUACAGGAGUGCCGUGGAAGCGGCUGAGAACGAGUUAAAAAGUGGAAAAAUAAGCAGCGAGGACGGAUUAACGGCUAUUAAUAUCUUCAAACAUGCUAAGAAGCCGGACUCAUGUCUAGAAGUGCUGGAUGCGCUCCGGAAGAAUGGCAGGGAGAUGACGGCUGUACACUACACAUCGACCAUGGCAAGCUUCAACAAGCCCGAGCACACAGCCAAGGCCCUUGAACUUUUAACAGAGAUGGAGGAACGUAACAUCGCCGCGGAUGUGAUUACUUAUAACUCUGCGAUAUCUGCCUGUGAGAAGGCCAAGCAGGGGGACCAGGCAUCUCAGAUACUGAGGCGCAUGGUCCAGGCAAACCUCACACCAAAUGUGAAGACAUACAACGGAGCCAUAUCAGCUAAUGGGAAGGCAAGAAAGACGGAGGAAGCGCUGGCACUAUUCGCAGAGAUGCAGGAGGCUCAGAUAGCACCCAAUACAAUCACGUACAACGUGGCUAUAGCCGCGUGCGGGGUGUCAAGAAAAUCAGCGAAAGCUGUAGAACUUCUGCUUGAGAUGGAGACGAAAGGCCUCGAGCCCAAUGUGAUCACCUAUAACGCGGCCAUAUUCGCUUGUAAUGCAGUGAAGUGGCAUGCAAAAGGUAUAGAGCUGCUGAAAGAGAUGCAAGGAAAGGGCAUCAAGGCUGAUACCGUUGUGUAUAAUACGGCGCUCUGGCUGUGUGUGCAUGGCAGCAUGCCUGAGGUUGCUUGUGAUUUAUUAAGGGAGAUGGUUAGGGACGGUGUGCGUAAGGAUGAUUCCACGGCGUUUGCGGCUAAAGAGGCGUGUACUGGUAAAAACAGUACCGUCGAUCAACUUGAACUAGCGCGCUUGCUGAGUUAACGGUCUUUCGCACAGUCACUUCCGAAGUUGUAUAGCGGGAUCGCGUGUCACGGACUGUGUGAUGCUGAGCCAGCUAUGCAGAUGAAUUAGGACGGCUAUUCUGAAAGUGUACAUCCACCGAACGGCUGUUGAUAGGCUGAGAUACGUACAACCCUCCCGAAACAGUGUCUGGAGUGCACAAGACAGGCGUGGUGUUUCUAUAUAGCUGGGUGGCUGCGUGCAGAUCCUGCGUUGGUUAAUGAGCAGACUAUUGUAAUCAUGAACUACCAGGUACUAGUACCUUGUUGCGGAAGGCUGUGGAUGAGUAUUGGGGUGCACGGACGAGGGUGCUAGCUGGUGUAGUACAUUGCACGCAUAGGUGCUCAACACCUGUUUUGGAGUCUGAAGAUAACCAUUCUCUUCAUCGGAUUGUUUCAAAGCAGGAUUUCGGGUCAAGCUGUGACCUGUGAGCCGAACGGAGCACUUGAUUGCGGCAUCUCUACGCUGUCAAAAGUCGAUAAAGCGUGCUAGAUUGCACACGAAAAGGAAAAGGACGCUAUCACGAUACAAUUCGACAACUUGUAGACCAUUUUUCUGCAUUGUUGCUGGUAAUCAUUAGAUUGUAUUUCGUUUUUGGACACCAGAUCGGAUCUUAUCCGAUACAGCCCGGAUUUGCGACUAGAUUCUAACUGUGUUCAAAUAUUAAUAUAUAUAUUUGCAACGUAUAUCGGGUCGAAAAUAAAUAAAUAUGAAUGAAUUGUAUCGCUGGAGUCCCGUUUCGUUAUCGUUAACAGGUCUUCAGAUGAACUAGUUUGUUCGUAUUUGU